UCACGCACCUGUGUGCCGGGAAUGCUAAUCUAUCUGGCGUAUAUGUCAAGGUCACUCGGUUACUGUAUGUGCUGUUACCUGCUGGAGACACCAUGGGGGACAAGCCCCGUCCCAGUGGAUCAGGAGGGGGGUCUAGCAGGUGGGUGGGGUCUCAAAGCCAAUCUCCAAGGUCCAUUCUGAUCAGAACAAGGACAUAUCCCGUGAAUAGAAACAGCGUCCAGUCUGGAUAGGUCCAAAAUCAAAACUGAAGCACAUAACCCUGAAGACUUAACCAGCUGGAAAUUUGACGAACUGUAACAGGAAUCAAACUUCUCCCUAGGCUGUCAAUGGUCCUCCUGGACGGAAAACUGAGUGACGAGGAAGUGGGUUUAUCAGUUACACCAAAAUACUUGUCCAGCUCCACUCCAUGUUCGGUUUUGUUUCAAUGGCGAAGGUCAGAAUACGUCGGUUCAUGACGAGGUCGUAUUGCGCGGCGAUACUGAUCGUUACGGUACUAACGUCACUGCUGACGUGGUACACUUAUUCAUCUGUUUGGGGAGGGUCGGGGGGAGCGAGAUACUGGGAAAAUCACCUGAAGGAGCAACAGGAUUACCUGGACUACAUCCACGACUCACGACUUCGUCAACCCACUGAAUCAUUUGACGAUUACAUCAACCCUGUGCAUUUUAAUUACCAUAAUUUUAUUGAAAGGAGGGAUAGAAAAUACGCCGAGAAGAUGGCAAAGAGGAAUAAGAAGGGUAAAGUGUAUGUAUACAAUCCACACAGACUAGUUCCUAGGAGUAGUUGUGUUCCUUUCAAGACUAUGAAGAACAGAACUCGUCUCUGUGUUUACAGCAGGCGUCGAGAUCAGUUCAUUUCAUCCCACAUCCGGGACACUGGAUCCUGGGAACCGGAUCUGCUCGCAGCCAUGGCAACGGCCUUGACCUCCGUCCCCAACAUGCACGUGUUUGAUAUAGGAUGUAAUGUUGGCAUGUAUACCGUGUAUGCUGCUUUGAUGGGUAGAAAGGUUGUUGCUGUAGAUCCAAUUAGUUCAAAUCUGUACUUACUCUAUUCUUCUCUAACUUACGCCGGGGUCCAUGACAACGUCCACCUUCUUCUCAACGCUGUCUCCGACCAUGUGGAGCCUGUCAAAGUCCUCAUCAACCGGUACAACUUGGGCGGGUCCAGGAUAGAACUAGCAUCCGAGUCAACACAUAAUACAAACGACACCAUCGUUGAUUCUAUUGUGUUGGAUGAUCUGGUGCGUGUUGUGGACUUCAAGAAGGUGUUUAUUAAAAUGGACAUUGAAGGUCACGAGGUGAACGCGUUCCGUCGAGCGUCUAAAUUUUUCCAAACAUUUGACGUCCGCUACAUCAUGAUGGAGUGGAUGUUUCAGCGCCACUCCCCUCACGGACGCGAGAUCUGUAACUUCCUCAUCAGGAACGGCUUUCUUCCCUUUAAACACAUCACUGCACUUCAGCUCCUCAACCCUGAAAACUAUUCCGCUUGGCCUGAUAAUAUGGUCUGGAUCAAGAGAUGACUGCUGACGUAUUAUCCGCCACUGUGUUGGUAUAUAUCCAUGAGUAUAUAUAUAUAUACAUAUAUACAUAUAUACAUAUAUAUAUUCUCAGUCUGAUGCUCGUCGUGUACACACCAUGAUAUCACCAUGGACAUGAUAUUACGAAUGAGUGAGUGACUUUGGUACAAAGCCCCUAUGGAACAGAAUUCCAUUUACAUCAGGAAGUGUUUGCUUUAUGUGGGAACAAACCUCGUGAUGCAGAUGGUUACAACUUUGGUGAAACCUACGACCACGGGUAUUUUGCUGGUAAACCAAUAUAUAAAGACAAUUUUUGUUGAAGCAGGAUUCAAACCCACACUCACAGAUUUCUAGCAGCAGUUAAUUGUUGCGUCUUGACGACAGCGUCCAACGAUCUAUCUAUAUAGUGUAUGAUAAGCAGAGUGCUGUUUUUGGAAGAUAUUUGUCCAUGACACGUUAUUUCUGUUAUUUUCUGACAUGACAAAUGCACCAGUAAUAGAUCUUCUUCCUCAUUUUAAUUAUUUAUUAAGGUAUAUACGAGGCACUUUGACAUUCUACAUUUACUUGCCUUUAUCAUAUUAUGUGGAUUUAUAAAAUACUUCCCAUCAAAAGUUUAGACUCACUAGUGUAAAUAUAACCACUUACAUCAGGCAACGGUUCUAAACUAAAUUUUGCAAACUAUUCCAUACUGUUUAAAGGUACUGUUUACACAUGAGCUGAUGUAUUGUAAAACAAAUUCGUAAAGUUGAAAAGAUUAUUGUGGUGAGUGCAAUAAAUGAUAAAAGUUAGUGAAAACGCGAAUUCUUAACAAGAUUUAAACCAAAACGCAGCUGUUCACAUGCAGGAUAUUUGCACAUACUUUUCAGCAAUUUGAUGCAUGAUCCUCGUGCAGUUCAUCUGCAUAAAGUUUGCAGCUAGCUCCCCCAAGUUAGUGGAGAAAUUCAUCUUCGAUGUAACCACAUAUAUAUGCAUAACAUGUAGUGAGUGUUUUAAGUGAGUCUAAACUUUUGAUGGGAAGUAUAUAUUCAAUAUUGUGAAUUUUACAUAAGUAUAUUUGGAAUAAUCAAAUCAAAAACAUAUUUUUACUAUAAAAGAUCAUGUGAAAUUACAUGCAUCUCCUUUUAGCAAGUAUUAAAACUCUUUUAUGUUGGAUAAUUGCAAAAUGAAAUAAAAUUAUAAGCUA